GUUUUUGCUUAUGGUCCCAUUAGUCCCCAAACCUAUCAUCACCAAACCCUAAAAAUCCUCAUUUUUGCACUGCAAAGUAGGCUGAGUCUCGUCCCCUUCUCCGUUUUGGUGAUCCCCAGAAGUUCACUCUCAAAAAUCGAAGCUUAAAUUUCGGAUCUUUAACAGCUGUCUCCUCGGUAAAGCUUCGUGCUUUCUUUCUAAUCGGAUAGCGAAUUGAGGAGACGACGACGAUGAGCAGCAGAGAUCAUCAUCAUCCACCCGAGCCUCUUGAUUUCUUUAUCUGGACUGUUGAGGAUGUUGGAUCUUGGCUUGAGGAGAUAAACCUUGGAAGCUACCGCCUGAUUUUCAAAGAAAAUGGCGUCAACGGAGAAUUUCUAGAAAGCAUGUCAGUGUUUACAACCGAACAGAUCCUUCACUUCAUUAGGAGGCAUCACAUGAAGUGGGGAGACUUCAUCACCCUCUGUAAAGAACUCAGAAGGAUUAAAGUGGCUUGCUUGAAAGGUGAGCAGAGAGUUCGACGGCCAUGGUGGGCACCGUCUUGUCUAUCAGUAGUCUUUGUUAAAGCGGCUAAACGCAACCGACAGUCUCGAGUUGUAUCUCUAAAGCUUGAAUCUUGACAGUUGAUAUUACACUUUGGAUGUUUAUGUACGUUCUUGUCUCUCUUCUUUUCCUUUUUUUCUUGGUUUGUGUUUGUUUUUGGAGAUAAAAAGCCACAUAUGCACUAGAAAGACAGCCAAAAUGCUGUUUGGCUUUGGUAAAAUCUUGCAAGUAGGAAAAAAACUUUGGUGUAUACAAAGCUUGCUCUCAAAUGUUUACUCAUAUGGAUUGUGCAAAAUAUGCUAUGCGACAACUAA